UCCAUGCACUCCAUAGUAAAACACACUCACAGGGGGGGUUGAAACACUACUAGACUUACUCAAGACUUGAAGGGAACAUUCUCUUCUUCUCUUUCUCUCAUUGAAGUAACGAACGAAUGAGUGUUCCAAGUUUGUUCAACGAAAGGAUGUCAUUUAUUAAACUGGAGAAUGAGGAGGUUCACAACACGGAAGAAGAGCAGUGUUUCUUGUGCGGCAAGCAAAAUAAAACCGGCUCAGAUGAUGUCCCACUUCAACAAUGUGCUAGUUGCCAAAAGAUCUGGUAUUGCUCUGAAGAUCACUAUGAAGUACAUCGACAUAAAGACCGUUGCUUUCCGUUUCUCAUAAAAAGAUCACCGACAAAAGGCCGAUUUAUGGUGGCCACUCGAGAUAUUGAGCCUUUGGAAAUGAUUCUCUGGGAAAAGCCGGCUGUAAUUGGACCGUACACCAAGGAUGCCUCUGGCUGUUUGCAAUGCUUCAAGCAUAUGACCUCAGAGCGUGAGUGUAGCCAAUGUGGUUUGCCAGUGUGCAGCCAGAAAUGCGAACAAGGUCGACUUCAUCAAGAAGAAUGUCGAUUCUUUCGAAACCGAUCCCAACUCUUCCCCAAAGAAGAGAUCAACGUCAAAACGAGGAAUGCCACUCAAACCUGUAUUACACCUCUAAGGAUGCUACUAAAACGAAAAACGGAUCCCAAGGCAUUCGCCCGGAUUGAAAUGUUGAUGGAUCACGCAACCUCCAAGUUGGGUGCGAACAGGGGCACCCUCAAUAUGACCAUGCUGAAAGUGGUGUGCAUGAUCCGCGAGCAAUUUCAUUGCUCAGAUUUUACCAAGACUGAUAUUCAACGGAUGAUUGGUAUCCUCAAAACGAAUGGCAUGAAACUGGAGACCGCGGGUGAAAAUGGAACGCCCGGAGUAGCACUUUAUCCUAUUUACUGUCUCAUUAACCAUGCGUGCAUCAACAACACGAAUUAUGUUAAGUAUCCAGAUCUCCAUCUAGAACUACGAUCUCAGCUCCCAAUUAAGAAAGGAACGGAAAUCUUGACGCGAUACAUCUCUUCCACCGUAGGUAAUGUCCGACGUCGAGAAGAUAUUGAACGAUAUUGGUUCUUCCGUUGUGAAUGUCCUCGUUGCUCGGAUUCGACAGAGUUUGGGACCUUUAUGUCGGGCGUGAGAUGUUUCCAAUGUAGGAAUGGAUUCCUGCUUCAAUCCGAGAUUAAUGAUUUGGCUUCCGAUUGGGCUUGCAACCGAUGUAGCUCUCGGGUUCCCCAUAAGAAUGUGAAUGAGGUCCUCACUACCAUUGAGAAACAGACUGACUUGGAUGCUCCCCUUUGCAUUGAAACCAUGGAGGAAAUGUUGUUCCACUACCAGAAGCUUCUCCACCCCAACAACUACAUCAUCAUUGACAUCAUGCAUAAUCUGAUCCACCUCUAUGCUGGCAAGGAGAGUUUGACUCGACCCGAGAAGGAACGAAAGAUUCAAUUGUGCCAUAUUGUAUUGGAUAUCUUGGGACGGGUGGAUCCCGGAUUCACCACCUGGCGUGGAACAUUGCUCCAAGAGAUGAUCCACACCUUGAUGGUGAUCUCGAAAGAGGAUCAUAACGCGGCUCGAAUCAGCGAGAAGGAAUUCCAUCGAAGGCUAAAUUAUUGUAGCCGAAAGUUAAGAGAGGCCAAAUUGUGCCUCAAUGGAGGCUUCACCCCAUUGGAGGUAUACUUAAAAGAGAAGGAACAACAGAUGGGCGACCUCGAAAAUGACGCUUGGGAGAGAGAGAUGACGGAUGAAAAUACUUGAAAGAUGAGAACGAGUUUGCAUCACUACUCCCCGAUCGUAUACUGCAUAUGAAAAAGUAAUCGACUUAAUAUGUGUAUUUUGUAUUUGUUUAAUUGUUCAUCAUGUUCAGACUCGUGUUCAGACUUCCUUCUCCGUUUGAGUUGUGUAUGAUAAGCUCGCUUUUUGUGAUAGAAAGUCCCUUUUUGUGAUAGCACAGGACUCUUCUGUUGGUCUUAGGGUCAUUCAACUACGAAUAAAACUAUAUGCAUA